AUAAAGACGGCGGCACGCCGCCGCGGCUAACUCGGCCCUUUGGGCGCCCGUGACCUUCGCUUCUGGAGUCCCUGUUGGCCCGUCGCUCUCCCGCCCGGACCUGCAUCCACGAUGCAGGCGCUGCGCUGCGGCCCCCGUCUGCUCGGCCAGCUCUCCGGCCCGCGCUCCGCGCACCUGCUCCUACCCGCGGCCCGCGCUUGCAGCAGCGGCUCCCGAGACCCGUCCUCUUCCUCCCGGAACCCACUCGUAUACCUGGACGUGGGCGCAGACGGGCAGCCGCUCGGCCGCGUGGUGCUAGAGCUGAAGGCAGAUGUCGUCCCAAAGACAGCAGAGAACUUCAGAGCCCUGUGCACCGGGGAGAAGGGCUUCGGCUACAAAGGCUCCACCUUUCACAGAGUGAUUCCGUCCUUCAUGUGCCAGGCCGGCGACUUCACCAACCACAAUGGCACCGGCGGGAGGUCCAUCUACGGGAGCCGCUUUCCUGACGAGAACUUCAAACUGAAGCACAAGGGGCCAGGUGUUCUGUCCAUGGCAAAUGCAGGCCCCAACACCAACGGCUCCCAGUUCUUCAUUUGCACCAUAAAGACAGACUGGCUGGAUGGCAAACAUGUUGUGUUUGGCCACGUCAAAGAGGGCAUGGAUGUCGUGAAGAAAAUAGAAUCUCUUGGCUCCAAGAGUGGGAAGACAUCCAAGAAGAUUGUCAUCACGGACUGUGGCCAGGUGAGCUAACCCGCCAUGGCCAGGGUGCUAGGCCAGUGGCAGCUGCUGGCAACAGUGAGUUGACUCACCCAGGCGGCCGCCUCAGGCUCCCAAC